AUGGAUUUAGAGGAAUCUAUCGCCGAUAUUCGGGAUGCAAUCAAGCAAUGCACUGACUCUGAUUUGGGAUGGAUCAUUCGUAAUCUUGGACCAAAAGAUCUCCUUGCGGUAUAUCUUAUUACGGAUAAUGUUGACGUUCAACGCAACCUUUUAACCCAGGGUCCUGUCAAGUCUGUAUCGAAUAUGUUAGACAUACUGUCUUAUCAUGAGAAAGCAGAGGUCCUCAAAUACAUGUGCAACGAACGACGAUUGGGGGUGGUGGGGACAUGGUGCAAGGAAAAAAAGAGUAAAGAACUACAAAGAUUAGAUAAGUGGCAACUUCAAGAAGAUAAUGCGUGGCGAUGGGGACUUGCAGACACGCGCGUGUGGACACACGGCAUGGAUAAAAGACUUCCGGGUCAUUAUCCCGUAAAUAUGAACCGAUGCGCGAUGUGUAAGCAAAUCUACUCAAAUUGGGAUAGUAUUAGUAUUCUGGAUUGUAGGAAGCAUAGUUAUUGUGAAAGCUGCGACAAAGAUCAGAGCCAUUGCCAAAGCUGUGACAUCCAGUAA